AUGACGAAAUGUGGCACCCACCCCCCAUCCUCCUCCCAGAGGGGGACACACACCACCCUCUUGCCCGGGCGUGUCCCGAUCCACAGACCUGGUAACCAUCCGAAAAACGCCAGCGGGGAACUGAUGAACCACCUCCAUGAGGGCGCCAGACUGCGCCGGCGACGCCACGGCAACCAGGGUCCAGCCAUUGAAGUUGCAGCGCACGCUGGUCCGGGGCUCAAAAGAAACAGGUGUGGAGGCGUGGCCACGCGGGCGCCGGAGAAGAAGAAGAAGGACAAGCUGCGCUUCCAGUUCGGCAACCACAGCGGUUACUACGGCUACCAGGGUUCCUACGGCGACGCGUGGGAGGGGCGGGUGGGCGCGGCCGAGGACCCGAGGCUCCGCCUCCUGGAAGCCGAUUGGUUCAGAGACCGCACGGUGCUGGACCUGGGCUGCGGCGCCGGACACCUGGCGCUCGCCGUGGCUCGCCGGUUCAACCCGGCACACGUCCUGGGGCUGGAACUGGACCCCCGGCUGGCUCGCGCCGCCACGCUGAACAUCAGGCACUUCCUGUCACAUGACCUGGCCACGACAGAGAGGAAACAGAGAGGCCCCGCCCCCUCGCCACAGAGAGGCCCCGCCCCCUCGCCACAGAGAGGCCCCGCCCCCUCGUCACAGAGAGGCCACCCCCUCGCCACAGAGAGGCCCCGCCCCCUCGCCACAGAGAGGCCCGCCCCCUCGCCAUCGGGGGGUGAGGAGGAACGACAGACGGUUAGAAUUUCAUCUUUAUUAUACAGGACUCGCUCCGCCCCCUCCCUGCCCCCCUCCCUGCCCCCCUCCCUGCCCCCCUCCCUCCCCCUGUCCUUCAGGGUGAGUCGGGGUCCUCUGGCUGCCCCCCCUCUCUUCCUCCCCACGACAUCAUCUCCAUCAUCAUCAUCAUCCUCCAGGUUUCCAGCCAACGUCACCUUCAUCCAGGGCGACUACGUGUCGGAGGCGUGGCCUGGCCGGGGCCAGUAUGAUGUCAUCAUGUGUCUGGGUGUCACCAAGUGGGUGCAGCUGCAGUCGGGGGACGGGGGCGUGGUCAGACUCUUCAGACGAGCCUAUCAGAGCCUGUCGCCGGGCGGAUUAUUCAUCCUGGAGCCGCAGCCCUGGAGCAGCUACGCACACAGCAAGAGGAUCUCGGAGUGGACGUAUCGUAACUUCCGGGCGGUGAGACUGAGACCGGAACAGUUUACAUCAUACCUGACGGACAGUGUUGGUUUCUCUUCAUACAGACUCCUCACACACACAGGUAACCAGCGGCCGAUCUACCUGUUCCACAAAGGCCCCGCCCCCAGGAAGUGAUGUCACCAGGACAGGACAGAUGGAGGAAGCUGAUUGGUCCUUACAUAUUCUGUAUAUAUUAUGACUGUGAGCUCACAGCUGAUUGGCUGAACGUUGGAGACAGUUUGAUGAUAUCACAGAGGAGAAUAAGCUGUGAUUGGUCGAAACUGGCUCAAAAAACCGGAACAAAGGAUUGUGGGAUUUUUUC